AGUAUUAUAAUUAAAAUAUAAAAUGGUUGUAAUUUCUUACGAGUGGUUGAACUUAGGCACUUACUUAGGCACUUUAUUUUGUGCGGCCCUAAUUUAUACUCUAAUCAAAUAUGACUUGAUAUCAGUGUUGAUCUGUUCUAAGGUAUCGUGUUUGUUGAUAUUUGGUGUUGGCUGAAGUUGUACAUUAUCUAUAUAUUAUAUUUUAAAUUAUUUAGCUUUUGUAUUUUACCGGAACAAGAAAGUUGGUAAAGUAAUAAGUGAACUUCUUAAAUCCAGUUGUUUAAAACUACCUAUCAGAAUUUUCAUGAUUAUUAAGAUGUUUGUAAAUACCCCUGUUCGAUUCAUAUGGAAAUUGAACAAUUUUCGUAUUGUGCGGUACUCGCAGUUCUUUACAUCAUUUCCGAAGAUUGAUCCUAAUUCCAAAGAUCAUGGAGGAAAUUUGGUUGCUGAAGUACUUAAGUCUCAUAAUGUUACCCAUUUAUUCACUCUGAUUGGAGGGCAUAUUUCACCACUUAUUGUAGCUUCUGAAAAAUUGGGUAUCCGUGUGAUUGAUACUAGGCAAGAGGUUACUGCAGUGUUUGCUGCAGAUGCUUUUGCUCGCAUCUCUGGAACCAUUGGAGUUGCUGCUGUAACUGCUGGGCCAGGUGUAACCAAUACUAUUACUGCUGUGAAAAAUGCACAGAUGGCUGAAACUCCCUUACUUUUGUUGGGAGGUGCUGCUGCAAGUUUGCUUAAAGGAAGAGGAGCUUUGCAGGAUAUUGAUCAGUUGUCUCUAUUGAAAUCUAUAUGCAAAUAUACUAAAACUGUUACUUGUGUGAGGCAUCUGGUUCCUGUUUUACAAAAGGCCAUUCAGAUAGCUUACUCUGGAACACCUGGACCAGUGUUUGUUGAGCUACCCUUGGAUAUUCUGUAUCCAUACCAAUUAGUUAAACAAGAAAUGAAAAUUAAAGAAAAUCCUAAAGGAAUUCUUCAGAAUGUGACUACAAUGUAUUUAAAAGCUUUUUUACAUUAUCAGUUUGCUUCAGGUUUUAUUGAGAGGAAUACAUCACCUUUGCCUGUACAUUUCCCACUUGCUUCAAAUCAUCAAGUUCAAAAAGCCCAAGAGUUGCUGUCAAAAUCCAAGAGACCUCUCUUCUUAUUAGGUAGUCAAGCAUUAAUUCCCCCAACUUCAGCUAAAAGAUUAAAACAGGCACUGGAAGCUCUGAAUAUUCCUUGCUUCCUUGGAGGAAUGUCACGGGGUUUACUUGGUCGACAAAACCCAUUACAUAUCAGACAGAAGCGAAGAGAAGCUUUACAGGAGGCUGAUUUAGUCCUUUUAGCAGGUACUGUUUGUGAUUUCCGUUUAUCAUAUGGAAGAGUAAUCAACCCAAAGUCAAAAGUCAUUGCAGUUAAUAUGGACAAGAAACAGCUUUACAAGAAUUCUGGGAUAUUUUGGAAUCCAACGAUUGCUUUUCAAGCGAAUGUACCUGACUUCAUCAGUAGACUUUCUGAGAGCGUUUCACAAAAUAAAUUUGAAAAAGAUUGGCUUUCUAGGCUUCAAGAAAGAGAUAAUGCUACAGAAAAAAGCUAUAGAGAAAAAGUGAGAAACUCUGAAUCAGAUUUCCUUGAUCCAGUGCAUUUGCUGUAUGAACUAGAAAGUGCUUUACCUGAAAAUACUGUUUUAGUUGCAGAUGGAGGAGAUUUUGUGUCUACUGCAGCAUAUAUUAUCAGGCCCAGAGGUGCAUUAAAAUGGCUUGAUCCCGGUGCCUUUGGAACGCUAGGUGUUGGAGCUGGAUUUGCUAUUGGGGCAAAGCUCUGUUAUCCUGAUUGCAAUGUUGUAAUUCUGUAUGGAGAUGGUUCUUUGGGUUAUAGCUUAAUAGAAUUUGAUACAUUUAUUAGACACAAGAUUCCAGUUGUUGCAGUUGUUGGAAAUGAUGCAUGCUGGACACAGAUAGCAAGAGAACAAGUCCCUCGAUUUGGAAGUGAUAUUGCCUGUAAUUUAACAUAUAAUGACUAUCACAAAAUUGUUGAAGCCCUUGGAGGAAAAGGUAUUUAUUUGUCUGGUAAAGAUAAAGAUGACUUGGUCUCAAAAUUUAAGCAUGCUAUUGAAUUGUCAUCUUCUGGGAACAGUGUCCUGGUAAAUGCUACUAUUGGCAAAACAGACUUCAGAUCUGGAAGUAUUUCAAUAUAAAUUUAAAUAUUAAUAUUAUAUAAUGUGUGUUUAUUAUAUUGAGAUGGUAGCUGUAUCUAAUAUUGCCAUUUUUAUAUUAUAACAGUUUUUAAUUAUGUAUGUUUUCAGCUGUAUUUAGUUUUAGCUGCAUAAUUCUGAAUGCUUUUUCUAUAUCUGAGUGAUGCCAUAAUUUUUACUUUUUAAUUUUUGGUGAAUGCUUGAAAAUAUUCUUGAGUUAUUCAUGCAGGAGUUAAUUUUGCAUGAAAGAAGGAAAUUACACUUUAAGAAAAUAACUUGGGAUUUAACAAGAGCUUAUAUCUGAAUUUUUUUCUUGUAAAUGUUACUUUAAUAUUUAUUUCUUGUAAAUGUUACUUCUGCAAUAAAUUUAGACAGCAGAAGAUAAAUAUUAAUGAAUUUACUGUGAGACAUUGGUGAUUAUUUGUGUUUGAGAUUGUUAUAAUGGAAAUAGUGAAAAUGUUCCUGCAAGCAGAGAACACCAGAAAUCUGGUUGAUCAUGUCACUUGCAAUUAAAAUUUUUAUAAUAUGAAAAAUAAUUUUAAAUUUUAAACUUAAGAAGAACUUGUCUUGUAAAAAUGAUUUUCUUUCACUAAAAACAUUUAGAACUCAACUUUAUUGUUAUUACUUAUAUGAUGUUAAAAUACACAAGUCAUGCUUGAUAGUUUCUAAAGUGUUUUAUUGUGCUCAUAUCAGCACCAUAAUAUUUUUUAAGCUGUUAGCAUAUUUUAAUUGCUAUUAGUGAAUUUUUUAUUGUAUUUCACUAAAACAUAGUGAAGCAGAAUUGCAGCAUCAUUACAGAUUAAUUUUUAUUUAAUUAUUAUAACUCCUUCUAAAGCAGGCUUGUUUUUGUUGUAUCUGUUUUGAUAUUUUUUAUUUCAUCCAUUGCUUAUAUAAUGAACAAAGAUUCAGUUUUACUUGUUCCAUUUAAAUAAUGGCAUGAAAUUGUAAUUAAAUAUUUAUAAAUUAAUAAUAAUUUAUUCAUUUUAUAUAAAAUUCCAUUUAAAUGUACAUCAUGUAAUGGAAGUGCAGUUACUUAGUUUUAUAUAUAUUCUGCCUGGUGUUGAAUAAAUAUGAUUUUAUGUAAAAUGUUGAAGAAAUGCAUUCACAUGCAUAUAAACUAUUAUUUUUGUAAGAUUUUUAUAUUCAUAUAAUGUGUGUUUGAAUAUUGAUUAAUGAGUAUGUGACAAAGUGUUUGAUUCAUAUGAGAUGUAAUGAAAUAAAUAAAUUUUUGUUAAAGGUUUUUGAAUAAAAUAUAUCUUAGAAAAUAUUUGAUUGUGCUUCAAUUAAAUGCAUAGUAUUUUUUAAUGUGUAUCUUUAUUGCAUUAUUCUUUAAAAUAUUAACUCUUAAGAAAUCAAUUAGGAAACUGGAUUGAUUGUAGUUAAUUUAUGGCAUUUUUAAACUCUCAGGCUAUCGGUGAACUGUGAUUAAAUAUUAAAAUCAUCUUGAUGCCCUAGAAUUUAAAGAUUUUAGAAUGAAAUUUUAUAUUUGCAUCAAGAUAUAAAAGCUUAGGAAUUUAACAUAUCAUACAAUUUUGUCAGAGCAUAAGGACUGGUUUCUGUAUUGUCCACUCAGUUCAAAGCAUUUGGUUUUUAAUAUGAUCUUCCCUGCAUUGAUGCAAUCAAUGCAUACUGAUCAAGACCUACUACUUUUCAUAUUGGCAUUGGUCUGAGGUUUUAUUUUCAGAUCACUUUGGCUAGCAGUGAAAGAAACAGUUGCUCAUUAGGAAUUUUGUUAGCAAGGGGCUGUUGCUGUAAAGCUCUUUUUUGAUUAUCCAACAGAACUGAAAGAUGCAUACGUCUGUCUACCUGUGGUUUGAGAUGACCACUGCUCCUGCCAUUUAUUCAUAAAGGGCACAUUUAUAAGGUGCUUAAGAUAAGACAGUGAGAGGAGUAUUGAAUAUAACCUUCAAUACAUAUUAUUUGAAGAAGAAAAAUUAUAUGAUUUGUAGUUUCAUAGUAAUGUUCAGAUGUGUAUUCAUAGUGAUGUAUUCAAUAUGAUACACACUUUGCAUCAUAACAAUUCAUAUUUCUCUUUUCCAAAGCAUCCUUUCAAAUUAUGGAAAUUUUCCUUCAUGUUAUUCACAGAUUACACUCCGUGUGCUAUAUACAGAUUGCACUCUGUGUACUACAGAGUGAUAUUUGUAAGGUCUUGUUUAAUUUUUAACCAGCUAAUUUAUGUUAAUUAACUUAUUUAUGUUAAUUAUUCCCAUCUUCCACAAUUUCAUUUUCUUGCCAGAAUAUAAAUUUCUAGUUUGCACGACAUUCAAAGGAGCUAGAAAGGAGAGCGUAUUGAAAGAAAGGUUUUAGAGGGUAGAAUUAGAAAGUAUUCUGCCUAAUUGCUAAUUUUGAUUCUCAUGAGAGCAGUUAUUCUGUGGCCUUGCAUUAUUCUCACCAUUAAGCUUGUCACGUGGAGCUUUAUGGCAUAGCCAGCCUUGCAUGUUACUUAAUUAUUGUAGCCAUUAGACUAACUUACUUCACCUAGUUAAGCCAAUCCAGUAUCUUUCAUUUAAGCCAUAACUGCUGGCUAUACAUUUUGUAAGCAUGAGUGGUGCCGUCUGUUAACUUUUAUUUGAGUUAAAUAAAGUUACACCCUUGAGAGUGA